UACCAAAAAAUGGCGUUCAAGGAUCGAUCAAAACUUAACGACGAUCUUCAAGAGGCAUUACUUCGUCGUAGAGAUAUACGAUAUGAUUCUCUUUUAAAUAGUAAGAAACUUUGAAUAAAAUUCUAUUGUUUAUGUUGUAUGAUUUACCCAAAUACGUUGUUACCUACGAUUUUCUAGAGAGGGCAAUAGAAGAAGGAGAAAGACUACUGAGGGAGAAUGACCCAGCAUCAAAAUCUCGAAUAAACCCUCAUUCUGUGUUUUGGAUGAUAGCUGCAAUAGCUGUGUUCUAUUACACGGACUUUUAUGUCGCUGUGAGGUUCGAUCCACGAAUACAUAGGUGAGCCAGCCAGAGAUUUGACUCAUCACUACUCAUCCCGUAAGACUUAUUUUGAAGUACAGGUAGUUUUUUUUGUAAGAUUCUAUACCGUGGUUUGACAAUUUCUAUGUUAAAUAUAGUCUUUUUUAUCUCAUUUGCUACGUGUGUUCAACCCUCUCACUCCCAAGAUCACAGUAAUAGUUUUCCCUACUGUCUGCUAUACGAUUCUUACUUUGUUAGUUCAAAGAAUUUGUUAUUGAAUCAACUAAUAAUCCCCUAAUUGAUAUUUUUCUUUAUUCUUAUCACUUGUCUGCCUGAUACUGUAUUGAAAUUUUAAGGAGAAAUUCUGCUUUGGUCACACAUGGGGGUUAAAGGGUGAAGUAGCGGGUUGUAGAACAUCAUAUCAGGUGCAGCCAGGGUAGUCAAAAGGGUUUUGAUAGACCUUAAUUCUGACAAAUUCUGCCCCACAAGAUACUUUAUACAUGCCCUCAAAAUUUUAAAUUUUGAUAGAAAACAUCUAAAAUACAUGCACACAAACCUCUGCUUGUUUACUAAAUUUGAAAAUUCAUGAAAAAAUGAGAUAAUUUAUACCUGUAUUAUGCAAAGAAAAUAGCAUUUACCUUCUACUCUAAUCCUACAUCAUGUGCAAGUAUCUAAUACCUGUUCCAGGUGCUUAUAUUUUAUUUGCCAACUCCCACAUCUCUCUUGUGAUUCUGACAACUUUGGAUUAAAAACUACAAAAACCACAUGAUAUGCCUGCAAAUUAUUAACUAGUUUACAGCUAUAUCAUGUGGUUUUCCCUUGACAACCACCUCACAGUCAAUAAAGUGGUGACUAAUUAUAUGGUUGUAGGAAUUACUGAAAAAGGACAAUCAGUGACAGUGACUGAAGCUUAGACAACCUGAUUGAGUAGAAAUGUCAAAUAUCAGACCCUGUGACUUCAAUUUUGCUUUUGAGGGUUACCCUCACCUGGAUGAUCACUGAUACCACAAAAUAAUGACAGUUACCUCUGAGAAAAGCCAUUAAACAACUUUAUGAACUGAAAUCCAUAAGGGUGACUCCCUCUCUUCCUCCCACUCCAGAGACAUAUGAAAAGCUUGGGGUGAAGACUGGAUUAACAUAUCUUGAAACCUUUGUCAAAACUCUUGCAGGUGCUACGGUAUAGGUUGUCUAAGGUGGAAGCUGAUGACCAACUAAAUGGUUUAAGACAGAUGUUCCAAGAAAUAACUACUCAUGAUUAGACUUUGCAUUAUCCUAAAAUCAUUGACAUAAGUUCACACAUUUUUUUUCAUUAUUCCUUUUUAUAAUGUCUUUGCAUAUCAGACUAUGGUUGUACAUUGGAGGUGCUCUCAUAGGAUUCAACUUGUGCGUUGGUUGUUACUGUGUCCUAUGGCUCAGCUACUAUAAGAAGAUCACAGAUUGGGAAAAGCACUCUCCUUACAUCAUCCCAAUUGCCACUGCAUCUUUUAUUGUUGGAAUGAUUUGGUAAGUGCAGAUUCUAUGAUUUCUCAAAACCCAAAGUGCUAAUGCUCAAAAUAUUAGCUUUAGAAACUCUUUAUGGUCAAGUGGCCAAUUUUUUCAAUGCCCUCACUGAUUUAACUCUACAGUUUCUUUAGAAGCUCCCCCUUUAUUCAUUUGUGGGGGGUAAGUUAAAUUUCUAAAGAAAUUGUGAUGCAUCAAUGGGAGAGUAUAACAGGGUAAUUUAGCAUUAUUCAAUUCAGUUGAUAACAUAAAUUGACCACAGCAAAGAGUUUAAAAGCUGACCUUUGGAGCAUUAGCUCUUCAUCAGAGUAAUUUUGUUGUGCUUUUUAUUGGUUGUAAUAACCAGAGGCAUUUCCAUUCUCUAUAGAUUAGAGUAAAUCCAUUGUUGGUAAACCUUAGUGGUUUGUCAGGUAGUUCCCCUACAUCUUGGUAUUUUGUACAAGAUUCCUCAUAGGUCUCUUUAUUCAUUUGUAACAGUUACUGGAGAUAAUUUGGGUGAGUUCUUUAUAUAGGGCUGACUUGCAUACAUUUAAGCUGUGGAUUUAAUCCUGCUUUUCUUUGGUUUUUAAAUGAUCUGAAGCAUUCCCACUCUCCAUAGAAUAGGGCAUAUCCAUUGUUGGUAAACCUUAGUAAUUUGUAAGGUGGUUCCCCCAUAGCUUGGUGGUUCUCAUAAAUUGUUACUCUUGGAUAGAGGGAGGCUCAACAAGACUAAUGAGUUUGACUGACAGCACAACACUUUGAUCCUGAGUAGGAUUCAGACUUUGAUCUUUUGAUCUUGAGUCCAGCAUUCUAGCCUCUUGAUUAAUAUCUCAUGUUAUUGGAUAACUUAGUCACUAUUGAUCUUAGAAUGAUAGGUUGAACAUGGAUGAAGUUGAGAAGGGGGUUGAAAGAUCAGGAUAGCUGGUGUGGAAGCUAAAUCACUAUGAUUGUUCAAGGUUUUGGGAGAAUAGACAGGAUGUAAAAGAGGCGGUGAUAGUUAUUUGUUUGAGUACAUUGAUCAUUGUGAUAUCAGUCACUUCACUUUCUUUUGCAGUUCCAUUUAUGCACUCUGGCCUGUGUGGAAAUUCUUGACACCUUUUAUAACCUUCACAAUGUUCAUGGGAGUUAUUUUUUUAGCAACCUUAAUUCCAGUAUAACUUGAAAUCCUCUCUUUGGAGUAAAAACAUUUGAUAACCCUUGUAAUACUAAGAUUGGAUAAGAUACUCUCCCUUCUUACCAUUGGAAAUUUCCUUUCAUUGUAUAGACCUACUUGUAACAUCCAAACAAAGUUGCUUAUUUCCUUCACCUGAAGUUACAUUUUAGCUAUUAAUCCUUUAACUCCAAUGAGUGACCAAAACAUAAUUUCUCCUUACAAUAUCAAUACAAUAUCAACCAGAUAAGUGAUGAGAAUGAAGAAAAACAUCAAUUUGGGGAUAAUUAGUUGAUCCAAUUCUAAAUUCUCUGAACUAACAUUAUAAGAAUUGUAUUGUUGAUGGUAAGGAGAAUUACAAAUUUGAUCAGGGAGUUAAAGGGUUAAAUUUUCAACAUCUGUAGCUAAUUCUCCCUUGUAGCUGCCAAACAUUUCUCUGUAAAUUAGUUAGGAGAAUGUAGUGUUUAAUCAAGGUAACCAACUUAAACCAGAUGAGUUUGAGUAUUCUCGUUUUGUGGGAAAGGGUGAAUAGUUUCCAAAUUGAGAGGAUCAACUUAAAUGGUCCACCUGCUGAAUCAAUUGAAAACUAGCUAUGAAUACUUUUUGGAAAUACUUUUACAAUAUCUGUUGGUAUUCUAAACAAAUUACUUGGUGAUUUCACGUUUUCUUUUUUUUAUUGAUAGAAAUGCAAACAGACUAAGCAAUUAACACAGUUAAGUGUAAUAAGAUCUGUCCGUCUAUGGACAUAAAAUUUAUUUCCUACUCAAGAGCUGGAAUGAGUCCAUACUGCUCAUUUUAUUACACUAAGUUUGUUGUUUCAACAAGAUUUUAAAUCGGGUUGCUUCUGAGGAAAAAAUGCUUCAAAGGGAAUUUUUCCAUGUAAAAACUGUCCUUAGCAGAACAACCAUUGCAAAUAUACCCAUUCCAUUUUUGUAUUUAUAUUUGUAAAUAUAUUGUCCAUAAAUUUGGAACCCAACUUAUUUUACAAGUUGUAACAAUUAUUGUCUAUGUUUGCUACAACUUCAAAAUUUCUCAUUAAGAUUAUCUAGAUUUUAACCAUGCAAAAGUGAUCCACUGACGUGUGAUGUAUGAGCUU